AUGCAGCUGUCAGGAUGUGAUAGCUGCACAAGCCUUUAUGGAUCGGCUGUAGAUGUCGGCAUUGGGCUGAAGAGGAGCUUCGUGGCAAUUGAGAAGACUUACCUGACUAUGGCAAACCGCAGCUCUGUGGUCCUCCACAAUCAAAGUGGAAUUACAGCUCAUUUCCAGUGGAAGGCUGUUGCUACUCGGGAACUGGAAGAUCAGCGAAAGCUGAGGCUGUGCCACAGGCUGCAGAGGCGGGAGAAUGAGAUGGAUUCUUUCCUCAAGGAGUGCACGGGGGUCCCCACUCUCCGAGAACACGCUCGUCUUCUCUCCCGCAGCUUCCAGAACCAGAGGGCAAAAGUGCAAGGAGACUCCAUGCUUUUCUCCAAUGAUGUUUUCACCAUUGACCCUGUGGAGGGAGAUGUCUUGCCAAAUUCUUCGGUUGAAAUUAAUGUGAUCUUCAAAGCCCGAGAAGCCAGAGCCUAUCAACAAACGGUCUACUGCGACAUUUCAGGCCGUGAAGCCAGGCUGCCCCUCCACAUCAAAGCGGAGGGCAUGGGGCCCCGGCUCCGCUUCAGCUUGGAGCAGCUGGACAUUGGGAAUGUUUUUGCUGGAUCAGCCCACAGCUAUGAGGUGAUCCUGUUUAACAAAGGAGCCAUCGAUGCUCCCUUCAGCUUGAUACCUCCAAGUACAGCUCUGGGCUCCUGCUUCACCUUUCUCCCCUGGAAGGGCAUUAUUUCAUCAGAUGGGCUCCAAGUCAUCAAGAUCUCCUUCAGUUCCACCAUCCUGGGGAAAUUCACAGAAGAAUUCAGGUUCAGGGUGAAUGGAUCCUCUGAGCCUGUGACUUUGACUAUCAGGGGCUGUGUCAUUGGACCAACUUUUCCUUUUGUUGUACCUUCUCUCCACUUUGGUGACGUCUCGUUUGGCUUUCCUCGCACGUUGUCCUGUCGCCUCACUAACGCCUCCUCGAUGCCCGUGACCUUCAACCUUCACAUUCCUGGGGACGGCAACGGAGAGCACAGUGCCACCAGUUCUGUCCUGAUGGCAGGAAAGACUCACCUGUCCCGGAGAAGGGGAGCUCAAGGGUAUAUCCGGCCAACUGAAUUUACCAUAACUCCCUGCAGAGGGACCAUCCGCCCCCAGGCAUUCUUGGAUAUCCAGCUGCGUUGUUCCCACUCUAAAGGCACAGAUGGAUCCUUCGCUCCUCCACAGAGAUCCUGGUCACGCUGA